AAUGGUUUAAGGUACCCUUUUAAAGAGAGAAAUCUGCUGCAAAACAAACUGCCCAUUCCGUGCUCUGUGGCUCCUGCUUAGGGAAUCUCUUCCCAUUCACCUUUCCUUCUCCUGCAAUACAUAGUGGCUUUGGGGGCUUGUUUGGUUGCUUCUGCUGAGUCACUACAUUUUGCAUCUUUGUCCCCAGGGGCUACUCAGCAUAAAAGUUAAAACUGCAAUUUGCAAAGCGUGGCGUUUCUGCGUCUAGCGGUGGACACCAUCUCCCUAAGAGAAGCUCCGUUACUUGGCUUGUCCUUCCUUCCCGGGAAGGAGGCUGCCACGGAACCAAGGGCUCAAAACUGCUUGGCGGAGAGAAGCGCCCGGCGCUGGAGCUGCUCAUCUCCAGCUGGCUGUUAACUGCGGAGCUUCCCGGGCGCCUGGCUGGCUCAGCCCAAUGCAGAAGUCCCCCCCACUCCCCCCACCUCUUCCCUAAAGACUCAGAUCCCUACAGAACCAGCGUGGAGUUACUUUCCCUUCAAGGAGACCGACAUCGCCGUGAUUUGUGGCGCUCUCCGUUCGCGGUGGUAUUUUCCUGUUGUGUUAAAUGCCUCUUACUAAGUAAUAGACGUGAUGGAUGUGGGCGACGAAGGGGUGUGUGGCGGCUUCGGCGAUCCAUCAGUGCACUCCCCUCCGCUGGCACCGCUCCCUGCCCCUCUUGCGUGAUGUAAGAUCAGACGUACCCUGCAUUGAAAAGUCAAGACACACGGGCUCGCUCGCUCGCUCGCUCGCGCUCACACACGCUGCCUCUCCCCCACGCGCGCAUCCGUGCACCUUCCACAUCCUGCUCCAGGCAGGAGCGGGCGGACGGGCUGGGCUCCUGGAGCUGAAGCAUUUCCAGUGACAUUUGUAAAUGACGCUGCUCCCUCCCGGGCUCCGAGCCGCCGCCGCCGCGGGGCCGAGGGUGCCGCCGAGCCGUCUCCAGCGCAGGCUUCCCUCCCGGGCGACCGCGAUGUCCGAGUUCCUCCUCGCCUUCCUCACUCUCUCGGGAUUACUGCCGAUCGCCAAGGUGCUGACGGUGGGAGCCGACCGAGAUCAGCAGUCCUGUGAUCCUGGUGAAUUUCUUUGCCACGAUCAUGUGACUUGUGUCUCCCAGAGCUGGCUGUGUGAUGGGGACCCUGACUGCCCUGAUGAUUCAGACGAGUCUUUAGAUACCUGUCCUGAAGAGGUAGAAAUCAAGUGUCCCUUGAAUCACAUCGCUUGCCCUGGUGUCAACAAAUGUGUUCACUUGUCCCAGCUGUGCGACGGCGUCUUGGACUGCUCAGAUGGGUACGAUGAAGGAGCGCAGUGCCGGGAACUGUUGUCCAAUUGCCAGCAGUUGAAUUGUCAGUAUAAAUGUGCAGUGGUCAGAAAUAGUACAAGAUGUUACUGUGAAGAUGGAUUUGAAGUAAAAGAAGAUGGAAGAAGCUGUAAAGAUCAAGAUGAAUGUGCCAUUUAUGGUGCAUGCAGCCAGACCUGCGUAAACACGUAUGGAUCCUAUGCUUGCGGUUGUGUGGAAGGCUACAUAAUGCAGCCAGACAACAGAUCUUGCAAAGCCAAAAAUGAACCUACAGACAGGCCACCUAUGCUGUUAAUUGCAAAUUCUGAAACCAUUGAGGUCUUCUAUCUUAAUGGAAGUAAAAUGGCAACCUUGACCUCAGUCAAUGGAAAUGAAAUUCAUGCUCUGGAUUUUAUUUAUAAUGAGGAUAUGAUUUGUUGGAUUGAAUCGAGAGAAUCUUCAAAUCAGCUCAAAUGUAUUCAGAUAACAAGAACAGGAAGAUUAACAGAUGAAUGGACAAUCAAUAUUCUUCAAUCCUUCCACAAUGUGGAGCACAUGGCGAUUGACUGGCUCACCAGAAAUCUCUACUUUGUGGACCAUGUCAGUGACCGGAUCUUUGUUUGCAAUUACAACGGGUCUGUGUGUGUCACCCUGAUUGAUCUGGAGCUUCAUAAUCCGAAGGCAAUAGCCGUAGAUCCAAUAGCAGGAAAACUUUUCUUUACUGACUAUGGGAAUGUGGCCAAAGUGGAGCGGUGUGACAUGGAUGGCAUAAACAGAACAAGGAUAAUUGAUUCAAAGACAGAGCAGCCAGCUGCACUGGCACUAGACCUAGUCAACAAAUUGGUUUACUGGGUAGAUCUUUACUUGGACUAUGUGGAAGUUGUGGACUACCAAGGAAAAAACAGACAUACUAUUAUUCAAGGCAGACAAGUCAGACAAUUUUAUGGUAUAACUGUGUUUGAAGACUAUUUAUAUGCAACCAUUUCUGAUAACUUCAACAUCAUAAGGAUAAACCGAUUUAAUGCCACAGAUAGGCAUUCAUUCAUUAAAAUGGAAAAUGCUCGAGGACUCCGAAUCUAUCACAAAAGAACUCAACCUAUAGUCAGAAGCCAUGCAUGUGAAGUGGAUCCAUAUGGAAUGCCAGGGGGAUGUUCGCACAUCUGUCUGCUCAGCAGCAGCUACAAAACACGGACCUGUCGCUGCAGGACGGGCUUCAACUUGGGAAGUGAUGGCAGGUCAUGCAAAAGACCCAAGAAUGAGUUGUUCCUUUUUUAUGGGAAAGGACGCCCAGGAAUUGUUAGAGGAAUGGACUUGAAUACCAAGAUAGCUGAUGAAUACAUGAUCCCCAUAGAAAAUCUGGUAAACCCUCGCGCUUUAGAUUUUCACGCAGAAACCAAUUAUAUCUACUUUGCUGACACCACCAGUUUCCUAAUUGGCCGGCAGAAGAUAGAUGGCACAGAGCGAGAAACCAUCCUGAAAGAUGACCUGGACAAUGUGGAGGGCAUUGCUGUGGACUGGAUCGGACACAACCUUUACUGGACAAAUGAUGGCUCCAGGAAGACCAUAAACGUGGCCCGGCUGGAGAAGGCCGCUCAGAGUCGGAAGACCCUUCUGGAGGGAGAGAUGUCCCACCCCAGAGGGAUUGUGGUGGAUCCUGUUAAUGGUUGGAUGUAUUGGACAGACUGGGAGGAAGAUGAGAUAGACGACAGCGUGGGAAGGAUCGAGAAGGCCUGGAUGGACGGCUUCAAUCGACAGAUUUUUGUGACUUCAAAGAUGCUGUGGCCAAACGGUUUAACUCUGGACUUUCACACCAGCACCUUAUACUGGUGUGAUGCCUAUUAUGAUCAUAUUGAAAAGGUGUUUUUGAAUGGAACUCACAGGAAGGUUGUUUACAGUGGGAAAGAGUUGAACCAUCCUUUCGGACUGUCACAUCAUGGGAAUUAUGUGUUCUGGACUGAUUAUAUGAAUGGUUCCAUUUUUCAACUAGAUUUGAUAACGAAUGUGGUGACAUUACUGAGGCGAGAAAGACCACCCCUGUUUGGGCUUCAGAUUUAUGAUCCACGAAAGCAACAAGGUGACAAUAUGUGCCGAGUGAAUAACGGGGGCUGUAGUACACUGUGCUUGGCCGUCCCAGGAGGCCGAGUAUGUGCUUGUGCUGAUAAUCAGCUUUUAGAUGAAAACGGAACAACUUGCACAUUUAACCCGGGAGGAGUAUUACCUCACGUAUGUAAAGCUGGAGAAUUUCGUUGCAAGAACAGGCACUGCAUCCAAGCUCGGUGGAAAUGUGAUGGUGAUGAUGACUGUCUGGACGGAAGUGAUGAAGAUUCAGAGAAUUGCUCUAAUGAUUGUGGGAGCAAUGAAGAUGAAUCCAAUCAAACUUGCGCAGCCAGAACAUGCCAGGUGGACCAGUUUUCUUGUGGUAACGGGCGCUGCAUUCCCAGAGCAUGGCUGUGUGACAGGGAAGAUGACUGUGGUGAUAAGGCAGAUGAAAUGACAUCUUGUGAAUUCCCAACUUGUGAGCCACUAACUCAAUUUAUAUGCAAAAGUGGAAGGUGCAUUAGCAGCAAAUGGCACUGCGACUCUGAUGAUGACUGUGGGGACGGGAGUGAUGAAGUCGGCUGUGUUCACUCUUGCCUUGAUCAUCAGUUCAGAUGUUCCAGCGGCAGAUGCAUCCCAGGCCAUUGGGCCUGCGAUGGUGACAAUGACUGUGGAGACUUCAGUGAUGAAACCCAAAGCAAUUGUACCAAGGAAGAGAUUCGUUCUCCUGCUGGUUGUAAUGGGAAUGAAUUUCAAUGCCAUCCUGAUGGAAAUUGUAUCCCCGACCUGUGGCGUUGUGAUGGGGAAAAAGACUGUGAAGAUGGUAGUGAUGAAAAAGGCUGUAAUGGCACCUUACGAUUGUGUGAUCACAAAACCAAGUUUUCCUGUCGGAGCACAGGGAGAUGCAUCAACAAAGCAUGGGUAUGUGAUGGAGAUAUUGAUUGUGAAGAUCAGUCCGAUGAAGACGACUGUGACAGUUUCUUGUGUGGACCACCCAAGUACCCUUGUGCUAACGACACUUCAGUCUGCCUGCAGCCGGAGAAGCUCUGCAAUGGGAGAAGGGAUUGCCUGGACGGGUCUGAUGAAGGCGAUCUCUGUGACGAAUGUUCUCUGAACAACGGAGGCUGUAGCAACCACUGUUCUGUUGUUCCCGGAAGAGGAAUUGUCUGCUCCUGCCCUGAAGGACUUCAGCUCCACAAAGACAAUAAAACGUGUGAGAUCGUGGAUUAUUGUAGCAAUCACCUAAAGUGCAGUCAAGUGUGUGAGCAGCACAAGCACACGGUCAAGUGCUCAUGUUAUGAAGGGUGGAAGCUGGAUGUAGACGGUGAAAGUUGCACAAGUAUUGAUCCCUUUGAAGCAUUCAUCAUCUUUUCUAUUCGCCAUGAAAUCAGAAGAAUUGAUCUUCAUAAAAGAGACUAUAGUCUACUUGUUCCUGGAUUGAGAAACACAAUAGCUCUUGAUUUUCACUUCAAUCAAAGUUUACUUUAUUGGACAGAUGUUGUAGAAGACAGAAUAUAUCGAGGCAAGCUUUCUGAAAGUGGAGGUGUAAGUGCAAUUGAAGUGGUUGUAGAGCAUGGCCUAGCAACCCCAGAAGGACUGACGGUUGACUGGAUAGCAGGCAACAUAUACUGGAUAGACAGCAAUCUGGACCAAAUUGAAGUGGCCAAACUUGAUGGUUCCUUAAGAACAACACUAAUAGCAGGAGCCAUGGAACACCCCAGGGCUAUUGCUUUGGACCCAAGAUAUGGAAUUCUCUUCUGGACGGAUUGGGAUGCCAAUUUUCCUCGCAUUGAAUCUGCCUCGAUGAGUGGUGCUGGGAGAAAAACCAUCUACAAAGACAUGAAAACUGGGGCGUGGCCUAAUGGACUAACUGUGGACCACUUUGAAAAAAGGAUAGUUUGGACAGAUGCCAGGUCAGAUGCUAUUUAUUCAGCCCUCUAUGAUGGAACAGGAAUGAUAGAAAUCAUCCGUGGUCACGAAUACCUUUCUCAUCCCUUUGCUGUGUCUCUGUAUGGGAGUGAGGUCUAUUGGACUGACUGGAGGACCAACACCUUGUCCAAAGCCAAUAAGUGGACAGGGCAGAAUGUCAGUGUGAUUCAGAAAACCAGUGCACAGCCAUUUGACCUUCAGAUAUACCAUCCUAGUCGUCAGCCACAAGCUCCCAACCCCUGUGCAGCCAAUGCUGGCCGAGGCCCCUGCUCUCACAUGUGUCUGAUCAACCACAGCAGGAGUGCUGCCUGCGCCUGCCCCCACCUGAUGAAGCUUUCCGCAGACAAGAAGACCUGCUAUGAAAUGAAAAAAUUUCUUCUUUACGCAAGGCGUUCUGAAAUCAGAGGAGUGGAUAUUGACAACCCGUAUUUUAACUUUAUCACGGCCUUUACAGUCCCUGAUAUUGAUGAUGUUACUGUGAUAGACUUCGAUGCAUCUGAAGAACGUUUAUACUGGACAGAUAUUAAAACUCAAACCAUUAAACGUGCUUUUAUUAAUGGAACUGGACUAGAAACUGUUAUUUCAAGAGAUAUUCAGAGUAUCAGAGGGCUAGCAGUGGAUUGGGUCUCACGGAAUUUGUACUGGAUUAGCUCAGAAUUUGAUGAAACACAGAUUAAUGUGGCAAGACUAGAUGGCUCUUUGAAAACCUCAAUUAUUCAUGGAAUCGAUAAGCCACAGUGUCUGACAGCUCACCCAGUCAGGGGGAAACUUUACUGGACAGAUGGAAACACAAUCAACAUGGCAAACAUGGAUGGCAGUAAUAGCAAAAUUCUUUUUCAGAAUCAAAAGGAACCAGUGGGUUUAUCGAUAGACUAUGUGGAAAACAAGCUUUAUUGGAUCAGUUCCGGAAAUGGAACCAUAAAUAGAUGCAACCUAGAUGGUGGUAAUUUAGAAGUAAUAGAGUCAAUGAAAGAAGAAUUAACAAAAGCUACAGCCCUAACCAUCAUGGAUAAGAAACUAUGGUGGGCAGACCACAACUUAGCUCAGCUGGGAACCUGCAGCAAAAGAGACGGAAGGAACCCCACUGUCCUGAGAAAUAAGACUUCUGGGGUGGUACAUAUGAAAGUGUACGAUAAAGCGGCACAGCAAGGCAGCAAUUCCUGCCAGCUAAAUAAUGGUGGAUGCUCUCAGCUUUGUUUACCAACCUCUGAAACUACGAGGACUUGCAUGUGUACGGUGGGAUAUUAUCUCCAAAAGAACCGCAUGUCAUGUCAAGGUAUAGAGUCAUUUCUUAUGUACUCCGUCCACGAAGGAAUCAGGGGAAUACCUCUGGAACCAAGUGACAAAAUGGAUGCGUUGAUGCCUAUAUCUGGAACCUCUUUUGCUGUGGGAAUAGAUUUCCAUGCAGAAAAUGAUACCAUCUAUUGGACAGACAUGGGCUUCAAUAAAAUUAGUCGAGCUAAAAGAGACCAAACUUGGAAAGAAGAUAUCAUUACCAAUGGCUUGGGAAGAGUGGAAGGGAUUGCUAUUGACUGGAUUGCUGGUAACAUAUAUUGGACAGAUCAUGGUUUCAACUUAAUUGAAGUUGCAAGACUCAAUGGAUCUUUCCGUUAUGUAAUUAUUUCCCAAGGCCUGGAUCAGCCAAGAUCUAUAGCUGUGCACCCAGAGAAAGGCUACUUGUUCUGGACUGAAUGGGGACAGAUGCCGUGCAUUGGGAAGGCUCGCUUAGAUGGCUCGGAGAAGGUUGUCCUCGUAAGCAUGGGAAUCGCAUGGCCUAAUGGCAUCUCCAUUGACUAUGAGGAAAAUAAAUUGUACUGGUGUGAUGCCCGCACAGACAAAAUAGAAAGAAUCGACCUUGAGACUGGAGGGAAUCGUGAGAUGGUGCUGGCAGGGAGCAAUGUGGAUAUGUUUUCAGUUGCCGUCUUUGGGGCUUACAUCUACUGGUCUGACAGAGCACAUGCCAACGGGUCCAUCAGGAGGGGCCACAAAAAUGAUGCUACAGAAACCAUAACCAUGAGAACGGGGCUUGGAGUCAACCUGAAGGAGGUUAAAAUCUUUAACCGAGUAAGAGAGAAAGGGACCAAUGUUUGUGCCAAGGACAAUGGUGGAUGCCAGCAACUUUGUCUUUAUAGAGGAAAUUCCUGGAGAACUUGUGCUUGUGCCCAUGGUUCUUUGGCAGAGGAUGGAGUUACUUGCCGAAGGCAUGAAGGCUAUUUGCUGUAUUCAGGGAGAACGAUAUUAAAAAGCAUACAUCUUUCUGAUGAAGCCAAUUUAAACUCACCAAUAAGGCCAUAUGAGAACCCACAUUAUUUCAAGAAUGUCAUAGCCUUGGCUUUUGACUAUAAUCAACAAAGAAGAGGUACCAACCGAAUUUUUUACAGUGAUGCACACUUUGGAAAUAUACAGCUUAUUAAAGAUAACUGGGAAGACAGACAAGUAAUUGUUGAAAAUGUGGGUUCUGUGGAAGGCCUUGCCUAUCACCGAGCCUGGGAUACACUGUACUGGACCAGCUCCACUACCUCAUCCAUCACCAGACACACAGUGGACCAGACUCGGCCCGGAGCCUUUGACAAGGAGGCUGUCAUCACCAUGUCAGAGGAUGACCAUCCACAUGUGCUCACCUUGGACGAAUGCCAGAAUUUAAUGUUUUGGACCAACUGGAAUGAACAGCAUCCAAGUAUUAUGAGAUCUACCCUGACUGGGAAAAAUGCUCAAGUGGUGGUCAGUACAGACAUACUCACUCCCAAUGGCCUCACCAUUGACCACCGUGCAGAGAAACUUUAUUUCUCGGAUGGCAGCCUAGGAAAAAUUGAAAGGUGCGAAUAUGAUGGGUCCCAGAGACAUGUGAUUGUAAAAUCGGGGCCAGGGACUUUCCUCAGUUUGGCUGUUUAUGACAAUUACAUCUUUUGGUCAGACUGGGGAAGAAGAGCUAUCCUGCGUUCCAACAAGUACACUGGAGGAGACACAAAAAUUCUCCGUUCUGACAUUCCACAUCAGCCUAUGGGAAUCAUAGCCGUUGCCAAUGACACCAAUAGCUGUGAACUUUCUCCGUGUGCGCUACUGAAUGGAGGUUGCCAUGACCUGUGCCUUUUAACUCCUAAUGGGAGAGUGAAUUGCUCCUGCAGGGGAGAUCGAAUAUUGGUAGAUGACAACCGAUGUGUGACUAAAAAUUCCUCUUGCAACAUUUAUUCAGAGUUUGAAUGUGGAAAUGGAGAGUGUAUUGACUACCAACUCACCUGUGAUGGCAUUCCUCAUUGUAAGGAUAAAUCCGAUGAAAAACUGCUCUACUGUGAAAACAGAAGUUGUCGAAGAGGUUUCAAGCCCUGCUACAAUCGUCGCUGCAUUCCUCAUGGCAAGUUAUGUGAUGGUGAAAACGACUGUGGAGACAGCUCUGAUGAAUUGGAUUGUAAAGUUUCAACCUGUGCCACUGUUGAGUUCCGCUGUGCAGAUGGGACCUGCAUUCCAAGAUCAGCGCGGUGCAACCAGAACGUGGAUUGUGCAGAUGCUUCCGAUGAGAAGAACUGCAAUAACACAGACUGUACACACUUCUAUAAACUUGGAGUGAAAACCACAGGGUUCAUAAGAUGUAAUUCUACCUCACUGUGUAUUCUGCCAACCUGGAUAUGUGAUGGCUCCAAUGACUGUGGAGACUAUUCAGAUGAAUUAAAAUGCCCAGUGCAAAACAAACACAAAUGUGAAGAAAAUUAUUUUGGUUGUCCUAGUGGAAGAUGCAUUUUGAAUUCCUGGAUAUGUGAUGGUCAGAAAGACUGUGAAGAUGGACUUGAUGAAUUACACUGUGAUUCUUCUUGUUCUUGGAACCAAUUUGCCUGUUCUGCACAAAAAUGCAUAUCCAAACACUGGGUGUGUGAUGGAGAGGAUGACUGCGGAGACGGACUGGAUGAAAGUGAUAGCAUUUGUGGUGCCAUCACCUGUGCGGCCGACAUGUUCAGUUGCCAGGGCUCCCACGCCUGUGUGCCGCGACACUGGCUGUGUGACGGUGAGCGGGACUGUCCGAAUGGAAGCGACGAGCUCUCCACAGCGGGCUGCGCUCCCAAUAAUACGUGUGAUGAGAAUGCUUUCAUGUGCCGGAAUAAAGUAUGUGUGCCCAAGCAGUUUGUUUGUGACCAUGACGAUGACUGCGGAGAUGGCUCUGAUGAGUCUCAGCAGUGUGAAUACCGACCAUGUAAUGCAGAAGAAUUCAGUUGUGCUGAUGGACGAUGUCUUUUACAUGUGCAAUGGCAGUGUGAUGGAGACUUCGACUGCCCUGACCAUUCUGAUGAAGCACCUUUAAACCCAAAGUGCAAAAGUGCAGAACAGUCAUGCAACAGUUCAUUUUUUAUGUGCAAAAAUGGCAGGUGCAUUCCCAGUGGAGGUCUGUGUGACAAUAAGGAUGACUGUGGCGAUGGCUCAGAUGAGAAAAACUGCCACAUAAAUGAAUGUUUGAGUAAGAAAGUCAGUGGAUGUUCUCAAGAUUGCCAGGACCUCCCAGUUGGUUACAAGUGCAAAUGCUGGCCUGGAUUCCAACUGAAGGAUGACGGUAAAACGUGUGUAGACGUUGAUGAAUGCUCUACGGGCUUUCCGUGUAGCCAGCGGUGCAUCAAUACAUAUGGGACCUACAAGUGCCUCUGUACAGAUGGCUAUGAAAUACAACCUGAUAACCCAAAUGGCUGCAAAUCACUUUCAGAUGAAGAACCUUUUUUAAUUCUUGCUGAUCAUCACGAGAUAAGAAAAAUUAGCACCGAUGGCUCCAACUACACCCUUUUAAAACAGGGAUUAAACAAUGUUAUUGCUGUAGACUUUGAUUACAGAGAAGAAUUCAUCUACUGGAUUGAUUCCAGCCGACCCAAUGGCAGCCGCAUAAAUAGAAUGUGUUUAAAUGGAAGUGAUAUUAAGGUAGUGCAUAACACAGCUGUCCCCAAUGCACUUGCUGUUGAUUGGAUUGGAAAAAACCUCUAUUGGUCCGACACAGAGAAAAGGAUCAUUGAAGUAUCCAAAGUCAAUGGCUUAUACCCUACUAUACUCGUUAGCAAAAAGCUGAAGUUUCCCAGGGACCUGUCUUUAGAUCCACGAGCUGGGUAUUUGUAUUGGAUUGACUGCUGUGAGUAUCCGCACAUUGGCCGUGUUGGAAUGGAUGGAACCAAUCAGAGUGUUGUCAUAGACACCAGGAUUUCUAGACCUAUGGCACUAACUAUAGAUUAUGUCAACCAUAGACUCUACUGGGCUGACGAAAAUCACAUUGAAUUUAGCAACAUGGAUGGAUCUCAUAGACAUAAAGUCCCUAAUCAAGACAUUCCAGGGGUGAUUGCACUAACAUUGUUUGAAGACUACAUCUACUGGACUGAUGGGAAAACCAAGUCACUCAGCCGUGCCCAUAAAACCUCGGGAGCAGACAGACUCUCACUGAUUAACUCAUGGCAUGCCAUCACAGAUAUCCAGGUGUAUCAUUCUUAUAGACAACCCGAUGUCUCCAAACAUCUCUGUAUGAUAAAUAAUGGAGGUUGCAGUCAUCUCUGCCUUUUGGCCCCUGAAAGGACUCAUUCCUGUGCAUGUCCCACCAACUUCUAUCUUGCAGUUGAUAAUAGGACUUGCUUAUCCAACUGCACAGCCAGUCAGUUUCGCUGCAAAACUGAUAAAUGUAUUCCAUUCUGGUGGAAAUGUGACACCGUGGAUGACUGUGGUGAUGGAUCUGAUGAACCUGAUGAUUGUCCUGAAUUUAAAUGUCAGCCAGGCCGAUUUCAGUGUGGAACGGGGCUCUGUGCUCUGCCUGCUUUCAUCUGUGAUGGAGAGAAUGACUGCGGAGACAAUUCUGAUGAACUCAACUGUGAUACACAUGUCUGCCUCUCAGGUCAGUUCAAGUGUACCAAGAAUCAGAAAUGUAUCCCAGUAAACCUCAGAUGUAAUGGACAAGAUGACUGUGGUGAUGAGGAAGAUGAAAAGGACUGUCCUGAAAACAGCUGUUCUCCAGACUAUUUUCAAUGUAAAACUACCAAGCAUUGCAUUUCCAAGCUGUGGGUUUGUGAUGAGGAUCCGGACUGUGCAGACGCAUCAGACGAAGCCAACUGUGAUAAGAAAACUUGUGGACCCCAUGAAUUCCAGUGUAAAAACAACAACUGUAUUCCAGAUCACUGGCGGUGUGAUGGCCAAAAUGACUGCAGUGAUAAUUCAGAUGAAGAAAACUGUAAGCCACAGACCUGUACGUUGAAGGAUUUUCUCUGUGCCAAUGGGGACUGCGUUUCCUCCAGGUUUUGGUGUGAUGGGGAUUUUGACUGUGCAGAUGGCUCUGAUGAGAGAAAUUGUGAAACUAGUUGUUCCAGAGAUCAGUUCCGAUGUUCCAAUGGUCAGUGCAUAUCAGCAAAAUGGACAUGUGAUGGUCAUGAAGACUGUAAAUAUGGAGAGGAUGAGAAGAACUGCGAUCCAGCUUCUCCUACUUGCUCAUCAAGUGAAUAUAUAUGUGCCAGCGGAGGAUGUAUUUCAGCAUCUUUGAAAUGUAAUGGAGAAUAUGACUGUGCUGAUGGUUCAGAUGAGAUGGACUGUGUGACUGAAUGUAAGGAAGAUCAGUUUCGAUGCAGAAAUAAAGCCCACUGUGUUCCAAUUAGAUGGCUGUGCGAUGGAGUUCAUGACUGUGUGGAUGGCAGUGAUGAAGAGAACUGUGACAGAGGAGGAAAUAUAUGUAGAGCAGAUGAGUUCCUUUGCAAUAAUUCCCUUUGCAAACUCCAUUUCUGGGUGUGUGACGGAGAGGACGACUGUGGAGACAACUCUGAUGAAGCCCUGGACUUGUGUGUCAAAUUUCUUUGCCCACCCACAAGACCUUACAGAUGCAGAAAUAACAGAAUAUGCCUGCAGUCUGAGCAGAUGUGCAAUGGGAUUGAUGACUGUGGGGACAACUCAGACGAAGAUCACUGUGGUGGUAAGCUUACGUAUAAAGCAAGACCUUGUAAAAAAGACGAGUUUGCUUGCAGCAAUAAAAAGUGCAUACCCAUGGACCUCCAGUGUGAUCAGCUGGAUGACUGUGGAGAUGGUUCGGAUGAACAAGGCUGCAGAAUGUCUCCCAAUGAAUAUACCUGUGAAGAUAAUGUGAAUCCAUGUGGAGAUGAUGCAUAUUGUAAUCAAAUAAAAACAUCUGUUUUCUGUCGCUGUAAGCCUGGAUUUCAGAGAAACAUGAAAAACAGACAGUGUGAAGAUGUUAAUGAAUGUUUGGUCUUUGGCACAUGUUCCCACAAAUGUAUAAAUAUGGAAGGAUCGUAUAAAUGUGUGUGCGACCAGAAUUUUCAAGAAAGAAACAGCACCUGCAUAGCAAGAGGCUCUGAAGAUGAAGUUCUCUACAUUGCUAAUGACACUGAUAUCCUGGGUUUUAUAUAUCCAUUCAACUACAGUGGCGAUCAUCAACAAAUUUCUCAUGUUGAACAUAAUUCAAGGAUAACAGGGAUGGAUGUAUAUUAUCAAAGAGAUAUGAUUAUUUGGAGUACUCAGUUUAAUCCAGGCGGGAUUUUCUACAAAAGGAUCCAUGACAGAGAAAAAAGGCAAGCAAACAGUGGCUUGAUUUGUCCUGAAUUUAAAAGGCCCAGAGACAUUGCAGUUGACUGGGUAGCAGGAAAUAUUUAUUGGACUGAUCAUUCUAGAAUGCACUGGUUUAGUUACUACACCACCCACUGGACCAGUCUGAGGUAUUCUAUCAACGUGGGGCAGCUGAAUGGCCCCAACUGCACCAGACUUUUAACAAAUAUGGCUGGAGAACCCUAUGCUAUUGCUGUGAAUCCUAAGAGAAGGAUGAUGUAUUGGACUGUUGUUGGGGACCAUUCCCAUAUAGAAGAAGCAGCCAUGGAUGGCACUCUGAGAAGAAUUUUAGUACAAAAGAAUUUACAGAGACCCACAGGGCUGGCUGUGGAUCAUUUCAGUGAACGGAUAUACUGGGCUGACCUUGAGCUCUCCCUCAUUGGCAGCGUUCUGUAUGACGGCUCGGAUUCCGUGGUCUCCGUCAGCAGCAGACAAGGCUUGCUACAUCCACAUAGGAUUGAUGUCUUUGAAGAUUAUAUAUAUGGAGCAGGACCUAAAAACGGUGUAUUUCGAGUACAAAAAUUUGGCCAUGGUUCAGUAGAGUACCUAGCUUUAGAUGUUGGUAAAACAAAAGGUGUUUUGAUAUCUCAUCGCUAUAAACAACUAGACUUACCAAAUCCUUGCUUGGAUUUAGCAUGUGAAUUUCUCUGUUUGCUGAAUCCUUCUGGGGCCACCUGUGUGUGCCCAGAAGGAAAAUAUUUGAUUAAUGGCACCUGCAAUGAUGACAGCCUGUUAGAUGAUUCAUGCAAAUUGACUUGUGAAAAUGGAGGAAGAUGCAUUUUAAAUGAGAAGGGUGAUUUGAGGUGUCAUUGCUGGCCUAGUUAUUCAGGAGACAGAUGUGAAGUAAACCACUGUAGCAACUACUGUCAAAAUGGAGGAACUUGUAUACCAUCCGCUCUGGGGAGACCCACCUGCCGCUGUGCGCUGGGGUUCACUGGACCAAACUGUGGCAAGACGGUCUGUGAGGAUUUUUGUCAGAACGAAGGGACCUGCAGUGUGACUGCUGGGAACCAGCCUUACUGCCACUGCCCGCCUGAACACACGGGGGACAGAUGCCAGGACUAUGUGUGUCACCACUACUGUGUGAAUUCUGAAUCCUGUACUAUUGGGAAUGACGGAAGCGUUGACUGUGUCUGUCCAACACGCUAUGAAGGACCAAAAUGUGAGGUUGACAAAUGUAUAAGAUGCCACGGCGGGCACUGUGUUAUAAAUAAAGACAGUGAUGAUAUAUCUUGCAACUGCACCAAUGGAAAGAUUGCCUCUAGCUGUCAGUUAUGUGACGGCUACUGUUACAAUGGUGGCACAUGUCAGCUGGACCCUGAGACAAAUGUACCUGUGUGUCUAUGCUCCACCAACUGGUCAGGCACACAAUGUGAGAGGCAAGCCCCAAAGAGCAGCAAGUCUGAUCAUAUCAGCACAAGAAGCAUUGCCAUCAUUGUGCCUCUGGUGCUCCUGGUGACUUUGAUAACCACCUUAGUAAUUGGGUUAGUGCUUUGUAAAAGAAAAAGAAGGACAAAAACUAUUAGAAGACAACCUAUUAUCAAUGGAGGAAUAAACGUAGAAAUUGGCAAUCCAUCUUACAACAUGUAUGAGGUGGAUCAUGAUCACAACGAUGGAGGUCUUCUAGAUCCCGGUUUUAUGAUAGAUCCAACAAAGGGCAGGUAUAUAGGGGGUGUGUCCGGUGCUUUCAAGCUUCCACAUACAGCGCCACCCAUCUACUUAAACUCUGAUUUGAAAGGACCACUAACUGCUGGGCCAACAAAUUACUCCAAUCCAGUGUAUGCAAAAUUAUACAUGGAUGGGCCAAACUGUCGAAACUCCUUAGGAAGUGUUGACGAAAGGAAAGAACUGCUUCCAAAGAAAAUAGAAAUUGGAAUAAGAGAGACAGUGGCAUAAUCAGCGAUGCCUUUUAUAUACUGUAAAAAUGUAUAAAAUAUAAGGAUUACUUUUGUAUGUUCCAACAGUAUUAUACUUGUUUUGGCAUCAGCAUUACCUCUUUCUUUAUCUUUUCCCUGGUUAAUUGUUUUCUGAGUUUUAUUUUUUGCUGAUGACCAUUGAUUGACCAUUUGUAUGGUAUUUUUAUGAAACAAGAACUGCACUACAGUACAAUUUACAACAAUGCUGCUGAUAUGACACCCCUUUGAAUUUGUUAAAAUUAAAAACAACAUAUUCCUUUGUAGUGUGAAUAUGAGCAAUCUAUUUUAUAUGAAAUUUUUUUGGUUCUACUUAAUCCACAGAGUGAGUCUCUAUACUUUUUCAUUAUGUGAUCUGAAACCUGUAAUACAAUGUCAUUUUACUUUUAUGUUUCAAUUGGUAAAAGAAUGAUUGAAAGGUCGACUCUCUUCUUUGCGCCCAUUAAGAUGGAUUCCGACUUCUGAAAAUAUAUAGCCCUCACAAGUUCAGCAUCUCCUGCUUUGAAAUUAGCCUUAGAUUGCCAAGUGAUAGAUGAGAAUUUUGAGAAAAAUCUUUGAAAAUAUAUAAAAUGAAUAAUUUGCAUGAACACAUAUGACUACCUUUUCCAAAAUUUAGUGAACUAUAUGAGGUAUACUAAACAUAUACACCCUGCAACCAAUAGUUAUAUUUAGGUGGUAGAACAUAGCAAAAAUAUAACCCAGAGUGGAAAAACCACAUUGCUAUGCGAUAAGACCUUUUGUUCUCCCUCAGUCCUGAGGUAAAUAGCCAGCCUAGAGCACAACAGGGUAUUGGUUGCUGACCUCUUAGAAAUCUCUUUCCAAUCAUGUUCAUUUAGGGGAAGAGUAACCCAACCCCUUCCCACACAGAACACUAAAGAAUAAUACAUAAGCACACAAAUUGAUGACAGAAUUUCAAUUAUGUGAAUGCAUUUUCUUUUCUAGGUCAAAAAGAAGAAGCAAAAGAGUCAUUAUGGUAUAGAGUAAUUGAUAAAUAUUUUCAAGAUACAGUAUGACUAAUUCAUUAUUUUCCCUAUCAAAAUUAUAUUCUUAAAGGACUUGCCCAGUUAUAGGAUAAUUAAUAUCUGCCUGUAAUCAAAGGUGGAGGGAAUAAAUGCUGACCAGUUUCCCUGGUACCCUGGUUUCUUUUUGUUAUGCAAAAACACAUGGACCCCAUUCACUGGUUUGUUUGUUUUCAAUUUUUAAUUGAAACAAGUACGAUUUAUUUAAGUUGUAUAAAAAAGGAUAGCAUUUUUAUACAAAUAUCUUUAAAGGCACAAAAGAUUUAUUCACAAGGUAUGGAGGGCUUUUUGUUCCUCUGAUAGACAUGACUGACUUUUAGCUGUCAUAAUGUAUUAACCUAACAGAUGAAAUAUGUUUGUGGUUGCUCUUAUCCCUUUGUACAAGCAUUAAAAAAAAAACUGCUGUUUUAUAAAGAGACUUUUUGUUGUACUAUGUGCAUGCAUACUACCUAUUUCUAAACUUUGCCAUAUUGAGGCCUUUAUAAACUAUUGAUUUAUGUAAUACUAGUGUAAUUUUGCUUGAACAAUGUUAUGCAUAUCAUAAACUUUUUCAGGUUCUUGUUUAAGUACAUUUUUUAAAUUGAACAGUAUUUUUCAUUUUGGUUAUAAUAGUCAUUUUGCCUAUGUUUCUACAAUGAAGUGUUAAAUACUUUAUAAAAAA